CUCAGCGACGUUAUCUCCAUGUGACAGAAAGUGUCGACGCCCCGCCUCCGAGGAAAAGUCCCAUGACGUCACUACAGCUCAUCACGGAAGUGAACGACGCGAAGAAACAACACUGAAACCCAAAUAAGUUGGUGUGGCCGCUUGACUGCUAUUCACGGAUAGUCCAUCAUCAUGCUCGGAGGAGGAUUCAAGGCAGAGAGGUUGAGAGUCAACCUCCGGCUGGUCAUCAACAGACUCAAACUUCUUGAGAAAAAGAAAACCGAGCUUGCUCAGAAAGCACGGAAGGAGAUCGCAGAUUACUUGUCGUCAGGAAAGGAUGAGCGGGCACGCAUCCGUGUGGAGCACAUCAUCAGAGAGGACUAUCUGGUAGAAGCCAUGGAGAUCCUGGAGCUUUACUGUGACCUGCUGCUGACCCGCUUUGGCCUUAUUCAGUCCAUGAAGGAACUAGAUCCAGGUUUACAGGAAGCAGUGUCCACCCUCAUCUGGGCAGCACCUCGCCUUCAGUCAGAAGUGACUGAACUAAAGAUUGUGUCUGAGCAGUUGUGUGCAAAAUAUAGCAAGGAGUAUGGCAAGCUGUGCAGGACAAACCAGAUCGGCACAGUCAAUGAUAGGCUGAUGCACAAAUUGAGUGUGGAAGCACCUCCUAAAAUUUUGGUGGAACGCUACCUGAUAGAGAUUGCAAAGAACUAUAACGUGCCGUAUGAACCUGACGCGAUGGUUCGGCCUGAGGUCUGUCCUGGAGAGGAGGCCGACUUGAUUGAUGUUAACAAUGACAAGAAGUUUGGAGGCGGAGGUGGAGGAGGUGGUGGAGGUUUUACUGCUCCUCCUGCUGGAGCCAUGCCAAUGGCCAUGCCCAUGCCCAUGCCCAUGCCUAUGCCGACAGCUUUCAACUACCCACCUCCCAAAGGAGCGGAUCCAUUUAACGCUCCUGUUGGCACCUACAACAACUUCCAAAACCCAAUGGGAGCAGGGCAGCCUCCCCAGCUGCCCACCUCUCCCCCUACAUAUGAAUCUAUUGAUGACUUGACUGACACAGAUUCUGUUCCCUCUCAGGUUAUAGGUCCUGGCCCUUCAACUCAGAUCUAUGACAACAACGCUCUCCCAGAGUUGCCCUCCGUUCCAGACACUCUCCCCACGUCCUCUGUUGGCGGAAAACCCACCAGCUCAGAUGACAUCGACUUUGAUGAUUUAACACGGCGAUUUGAGGAAUUGAAGAAAAAAACCUAAUUGCUCCAUCCUUGGCAUAUAUAUAUAUAUAUAUAUAUAUAUAUAUAUAUAUAUAUAUAUA